AGAGAUUGCACGUUAUUAAAAGGACUGCAUAUUAAAGGAGGCUACAUGUGUACUACAUAGAGCGGGAAACGCAGUGUAGGCUAUAAUUAAAUUAUGUCAAUCACUUAAUAUUAGGUGAAACGCAGUAGUUUUCAUGUUUACUCUCUCGCUCCUUACAAUUGUCACAAAAUAUACAGGAUUUAUUGUAGUAAUAAUAAUAAGUGAUAAUUUAACGUGUUGACCAUCGUAAUUUCUUAACCGUUGUCUAAACUAAGUCAAAUUGAUAAUGAAUUUAAAUCAAACAUUCACAUAAGUGUUUCUAACCUUUAAGGGGCUCUCCAUGCCGCAGCAGUUCCGCGUGGCAGUAACGUACACGCUAAGCAGCCGUCGUGUUCGGGGCCUGGGAGGGCGGUUGCAGGCUGGGCUUUGGCGAUAUUUUGUUCGAAAUUAACCACGCCCUCUACCCCAUUCCUGGCUUGGCAAAUUUGAUCGAAUUAAUACUGGAAUAUUGAUUUUUAAAAUAACAUCAAAGUACUGUAUACUAUGGUAUAAUAUCUGGGCGAUAUUAUGAUAUUAAAGCGACAUGUUUCUGAGCCAUUGCGAGAUAUCACCGGGAUUUCUCGAUUUGGCUAAUGCUGCCGAUGACAUCAAUAAAUAUACGGCGCUAAAAUAACAGGUAAUUGGUAUUUUUCAAAUCGCAACACUAUUUGCCUCGCCUAAAAAUCACGUUUUGUUUUAUUAACAUGGAUACGCUCUAGAUUUUGUUAAAGUAAUGUUUUAUCGGUUUGCGUUAAAUUAUUUGUAGGUGAUGUCAAGAGAUAAAGGAUAAAUUUGCUAACGCUUGCGGCUGUGGUCAGAGUAAAGCUAGGCUGGGAGUGGUUGACUAACUCUACCCUCAAGAGAAAACUAAACUACAUUAUUAUACGUUAUUAUUUAUAACAAAACAGGCAUCCAAGUAGAUUUCUGAGAUGCCCUUUCUUUUAACAGUACACCUUUUAUCCGUCGCUUGCGUUUUCUAUCCUCCAAUUAGAUAUUUUCUCAUCUUUUCUGUAUUUACAUCAUUGAAGUUUAUGAUAGUAAAAACAAUACGUAGCGAUCUUGCGGGGUCUUACGUGGUAUUUUACAAUACUCAGAAUACAUGUAUAUUGAGGGUUUCAAUUUUUUGACCAAUCAGCAAACGGUAUUUUGACAGCGCGUUAGGAUUGGACAAGGUAGUUACAUUCUAGAAUUUUGCGUUGCAGUACGCGACAUAUUGCGUAAUUUAUUUAACAUUCCAUACAAACCUGCACAGAAUUUUGCUUUAGCUGAUUCACACAUACUGGCAUUUUGGAAUAAUCGAAGUAUAACAUGGAAAUUAACAAGCCUUCAGUUUCGGAGUCUAGAGUGAGAGGGAAGAAGAGAUCCCGCUCACCAAGUGAGGAUGAGGGACACCCUGUGAAAAGGGCGAGAAGGAACCUAAAUUCACAAGGCAGAAUUCAUCCAUCGACAUCCUCAGCCAAAGCCGAGAAGGGCCCCUUUAAAGUCUCUCAGUCUCGAGUGAGAGGGAGGAAGAGAUCCCGCUCACCGAGCAAGGAUGAGGGACGCCCAGUGAAAAGGGGGAGGAGGGAAAGUCCUGCUGCAGCACAAAGUGGCUACAGUGAAGCCGUAGCUGGGAGUGGCACUGGAGGAGUUCCGGCAGAUAUCUCGGCACUUCGGACGAAACUCCUUCAGGAAAUCAGCCAACAGCUGACGCUAAGAAAAAUGGAGCCAACAGCUUUGGAUGAUGCAGGCCACUCAGUUUUGAGUCCCAAACCCACCACCUUUAAUUCUAAAGAACGACUGGAGGAUUUUUUCUCUAGAGGGGCUCUAAUUGGUAGUGGAGGGUUUGGCAGCGUAUUCGCCGGAAUCCGGAAGGACGACGGAUUACCAGUAGCCAUCAAAGAAGUGCGCAGAGAGGAAAGGGAAGAGGUAGACAUACCUGCACUUGGGGGGAAGAUGCCAAAGGAGGUGGCUUUGAUGAAGCAGCUGAGCAUCCCUCCGGCUUGCCCCUACAUCAUCAAGCUUGAUGGGUGGUACGACGAUCGUGCAAGCCAUGCAAUAGUGAUGGAGAGACCUGAGCCGUGUCUGGAUCUCUAUCACUUUUGCAUGGAACGCGGUGGCUACAUGAGUGAGGAGCUGGCACAGCUGGUGCUGCUACAGCUGGUGCUGGCCCUCUUUCACUGUGAGGAUCGGGGCGUCCGGCACGGGGACAUCAAGGCACAAAACCUCCUCAUCCAAACAGACAGUCUACAGGUUAAACUGAUAGACUUUGGAUGUGGAGGUUUUCUGAAAGGCAGCCUCGAUCCAGAGUACUUGGGAGCAGCUGUGAAUGAGUCCCGGGCCAGAUUUCUGCGGGAUUUCAAUUCCACCUACACCACCAUGGCUAUCGGAGAAAUGCUCUUCCGCCUGGUGUGUGGAUCGGCACCAUCUUGCAGCCAGGAAACCGAAUCUCUGCGUUUCCCCAGAGAAGUCUCAGAAGAAUUUCGGGAUCUAAUGGACUGGUGCCUAGGGGAACAUCACAGCAAUCGUCCAACCUUGGAGCACAUUGCAUGUCAUCCUUGGCUCCAGAAAUGUUGAGAGUCGGUCUUAGACAAGACCGAGGGCUGCUACGAUUAGUCAACGUAAUCAAUGACAUCGACAACAAAAAACGACGUUGACUACUUGAGGAAACACCUCGUUAAACAUAAAAUAUGUUUACGGGUGUAUGAAUGUUUGGUGUUGAUAGUCGGAGUGCCACAGUUAAAGGUACAGCGCCUGCACCAACAAUCAUCCGUGCAGCCAGCAUCGAUAUUGAGAACAUCAAAACUACGCCAUCGACAAGUUCUACUGCAGCUUCAGGACUUCCUGAGCAUGCCCUCAUCUUGGAUGUCAGGACGAGAUGGAACAGCCUCUUUCUAAUGAUAGAGCGCUUUGUGGAGCAAUACCCUGACACAGGCAAGACUGCACUGCAGAUUGGGCCAUCAAUCACUGAAAAGGCCCAGAAGGAGGUACAGCUAUACAGGAGCCACCCGGCAGUCCUCAGCUCAGUGAACCCUAUCCUGUGGUGGCAGAAGAGGGACCAGAUGCCACUGUUCACUAACUUGGCCAAAAAAAUAUCUGUGUGUUCAGGCCUCCUCAGAUCGGGUGUUUUGAACAGCAGGGGGCACUGUGAGUGUGGAGCGGGCACGGCUUUCACCCGAAAAGGUUGACAUACAUGUCUUCAGGGGCGAUUUUAGCCCAUUUUUGGGGGUGCUUCAGCACC